GCCGUUUUGUCUGUACGCUUUCCGUGGGCUUAUUAUUCUUCACUCAUCCAUUAUCGGCUUGAUGAAGCUCGUGCGCCUUCCAAGCUAAUCGCCUUUACAGUAAAGUCAGGAAGCUGAUUUGAAUUCAAGACACAAGCUAUGUCGACCACGAAAAUAUACGUAGUGUACUAUUCCUUACAUGGCCAUGUUGGAACCAUGGCGAGGAGAAUUCAACAGGGAGCUAAUUCAGUUCAAGGUGUAGAAGCCACUCUGUGGCAGGUGCCAGAGACAUUGUCCGAUGUGGUACUGAACAAGAUAAAAGCUCCUCCAAAAGAAGUUGAUGUGCAAGAGAUCAAGCCAGAACAAUUGCUGGAGGCAGAUGGGUUUCUCUUCGGAUUUCCAUCUCGAUUCGGUGUCAUGGCUGCUCAAUUCAAGGCAUUCUUUGAUGCAACAGGUGAGAUAUGGCAGUCCCAAGCACUUGCUGGUAAACCUGCUGGAAUUUUCUGGAGUACUGGUUUCCAUGGUGGAGGCCAGGAGCUUACAGCAUUGACCUCGAUAACGCAACUAGCACAUCAUGGGAUGAUAUUUGUGCCUCUCGGAUACACAUUUGGGAGUGGGAUGAUGGUGAUGAAUGAAGUGAAGGGUGGUUCUCCCUAUGGCGCAGGAACUUUUGCAGCCGAUGGAACUCGACAGCCCACAGAGCUCGAGCUCGACCAGGCCUUUUACCAAGGUAAGUAUGUUGCUGAAUUAACCAAGAAGCUAAAAAAUUAACCAUACUUCCUUUCAACAUGUAUAUCAUAUCUGGCUUGUUCAAUUAUAAACGUUAAACGUUAAUGGUAGUGUAAAGUUAUCAAAAUUAUAAUCAUGUAAAUGUAUGAUGACGUUUAUUCAACGAGGCAGGUUAAGG